AUGAAGGUGGUGGCAACAACCGUGCCUGGAGGGAUCGUUUCCAGAGCCUUGCGUCACUGGAAACUGGGAGACUGGGAGACACAGCAACAAAGUGUCGGCCAGACUCGCUUCUUGGAAGAUCUGAUCCAGGCAGCUUAUUUGCUAACACACCUCUUUUGCUACAGAUUCUUGUAUCACACCGUCUCGACCCGGCUGUUCUCAGCAGCACUGAUUCCACCUCUCUUGCUGCAGAUUCGUGUCCUCAUCUUCCCCAAUAACAGCCUUGGUCCGCCUCCUCCGCCACCUCCUUCACCCGAGGAGGCACGCCAGAUCCGCUCCAAAGCCGCCUCCGACAUCCUCUCUCUGAUACCUCAACCGAUAGCCCGAACGUUCUUCGCCGUCCAUGGCGAUGGUACCACAGAGAUGAUACGAGAGGAGAUCGAGGAGAGGCUUCUGGGAUGGACCGACGACGGCGAGAUGAACAUGUACCUCGUCUAUGCGAUCUUGGAGUACGUCGUCCUCAAACUUGUUCCUGAGAUGAAGGACAAGACGCCGAGCGAGCUCCUCGCCGAGCGGGGUGUGGAUAUCCUCGACUUUGACAUCCGAGAAGCCGAACGCGAAGGAGCGAGGGGGUAG